ACCUCAUAGAGGAGGGAGGCUGUUUUCAAGUUAAGUGCUGGUAAAUGUCACACAGAAAGGAAGAGAUCAGCCACGCUGAGUGAGGACAGAUCUUCUUGCUGGAAGAGGGUGUGGAGACAGCAGACAUGAAUGGCUUCCUUCUGGCCUUCGCUAUUCUGACAGUGGCUGCAGUAACAAUGACUGGAACAUCUAUACCAGAACAGGCAAACUCAGUCCUGCAAUUCUUUCAGAAGAAUGAAUCAACCUUUUUGGUUUUCCUGAACUCAGAAAAGGACACUUGUCUGGGGACCCUGAUCCACAAACAAUGGGUUCUUACCGCAGCACACUGCUUCUUACCAUUUCUUGAGAUGGAGAUUGAUAUUUUAGAUGAGGAUUUCCAAAAAAGGAUGGAGAGCUUAAGACCCAUGCUCACUGUCCCACAUCCAAGUUUCAAACAGGAUUCUGCCGAGCAUGACAUAGUGCUCAUCAAGCUGACACAUCCCCUAAAGCUCAACGACCAGGUAAAGUUGGCAGCUCUGCCCAGUCCCACAACUGACAGAAGGAUGAACAACUGCACUGUCUUUGGCUGGGGCUGGUCAUGGCAGAAUUCUGAGGUAAAACCUGAUGUCAAAAUAAAGCAGACUGUCUCUUGCUUCUCUAAUGAAUAUUGUGAAGAUUCCCCUAUAGGAAAAAUGCCUGUUAAAAUCACAGAGAACAUGUUCUGUGCAGGAUUGUCUCUGGAGAGCAAACACACAUGUAAGGAAGUACUUGCUAUCCCAAUCCUGUGCCAAAAUCAGCUCCAGGGGAUCUUAUCCUGGUCAGAAGGGUGUGUUCUGAGAGGUGACAUUGGCUACUACACCAAGGUUUCCCGCUAUACAGACUGGAUCCACAGAGUCAUCAGUGCCUACUGAACGUCCUCUGUUCCCCCUCCCAGCAGCCUCAGAACUGGGUCUACCAUCCUUGACCGUUUUUCCCUCUAUCCCCAGAAAAAGACGGGAAUAGAGUCUGGUUGUGAGAA